AUGGUCUAUCACCACCGUCGCCUCUCUUCUCUCUCCUCAAAAGAGGUAACCGCCCUCGCAAGCCUCCUGUCCCUCCCCGUCCGCCUCCUAGAUCCAACCACCGGUGUCCCCAGCGACCUCUGGCUGGCCAGCCAAGCCCGCAACAUCACCACCAACCUCCCCAAACCCCUCCUCCGGCCCCACAACCUCCUCUCGCGCUUGUACAUGUCCGCCAACAGACACCUCCACCUCACGCUCGAGGACGUGAUCCCGGAGUGCGCGGUGCUCUGCCCUGCGCACCACGACCUCAACCCCUGGGUGGUGCGGCAGGUGUUUUUGCUUGUCACGGAGGAGGUCACUUCGGGGCUUGUCUCGCUGGAGAAGUACCUUGUGCGGCCUGGGCGGUAUAACAACGACAAGGAUCACAGUAACAGCAACAGCAGCAAGAAGCGGCUGGAUAGUGACACGGUGGCCGAGAUCAGGGACUUUGUCGACCGCAUGCAUGCGCUGCUGAACCUGUCGACGGGCUCCGAGGUCCUGGACAGGGUCGGGUGUCCUGACGGGGCGAGGGUGCUCCCGAGGAUUCAGGGCGGGUGCGAGGCCUGUGUGGUGGCUGUCAUAGGCGCCAGCGCGGGCGCGCUCUGUGACUUGCAGGCAGGUUUGUGUGGGCGGUCGCAUAGAAAAGGGGAGCCGGCGCUGUUGAGGCUGGUGCAGGCGUGGAUCUCGAACCUCCCUCGGGAGAAUGACGAGGUUGGGAGGGAGGAGGAGAUGACGAAGGAAAAAGUCAUGCGGCAAAGCGAGAGGCUGGCGAGGACGAUAAAGAGGGUUCGGCGUCUUGUGUGCAAGAAGAAACACCGGCGUGCCGUUGAGGGUUGGACGCGGGGUGGUCAUCGGUCUGGAUCGCGCCACGGCGGCAUGAUUUCAGGUGAACAUGGCUCUGGUGCCAGCAGGGGCGAGCUGUCACUCGAUGUUCAGCGCUCGAGGGACCGUGUUCACGAGGGUGCAUUUUCCGAGGCCGCUUGGCCGAGCGAGCCCAAAGGAUCUGGCGCCCUCAGCACCGGUAAGCAAAAGCAGCUUUCUUCACCUUCCAAAACUCUCUCUGCGUCAACUACUACAAUCGCACCAUCCGGGCCUCGUGGUCGCCAUCGUAGCCAUAGUCACAACAGUGGUAAAGACACCACCUCUCAUCCUCACCGCACUGGUCGUCAUAUCCAGCAGCACCACCCUUCUACUGCUCCUUCAUCCCAUCAUCGCUCCGCCGCGCGUGCUCACACCGCCUUGUCGUACGCUGACACCAUCGAGCAACUUAUAGAUUGCUACCACAUCGAAGAGGAGAGCGACGACAACGAUCACGACCAAAACGACGACGACUGUCUCGAGAGGUCCGAAGUGGCGGGCCUGGAGGCCGCCCGAGCCUCGCAGAGGUGGUGGGAGGCCUUUAGUGAUGUGGGUGAGCAGCAGCAUCCUGCUUUCAGGAGCCAGGUUGCCGCGUCGGCGGUGCCCUCGCCGCUGGACGUGAACAGAGAGGGCGAUGGAGGUGAGGAGGUGUUUGACCCUACCCAGUGGACAGACAUCUCUGUGCACACAACCGCCACGCCGCCGCUCGCGACAACAACGAAGACGAGGAGGACCGAGAAACCACCACCACAUGUGCCCACGAUCCCGCCACAACAUCGUUUCCCGCUCUUGGGUGGUGAUGAUGAUGAUGAUGAUGAUGAUGACGAUGAAGACGACGACGUUGAUGACCAGAGACAGAGUGCAGCUUGGUACCCUAGGGCAGUCAUGGCCUCCAGCGUCUACAGCAACGACUGGACGGUACGGCCUCAUCCAACCCCCGCGCGGGCUGUGGUCCAAUCCAACGUUCGGGCUGCGAUGCCGAGCAGGGCGGACAACAGCAGUAACUUCAUGAGCCCCGGGGUGGCUCCUUGUGCUCCUCGUCUGGCAUCGCAGGUUGUCGCCGAGCACAGCUCCGAGUCCAAGUCGUCGAGAAUCACGGCCUGGCCUGCGUAUCCUCGCGCCGAACAAAUCACCACUGACAGGCCGAAAAGAAGAAGAGGCAACAGCCGUCAUCAUCACCAACACCAACACCGCCAAGUCUCGACCACAAAAACCGUAGACAAGUCGUCGUCCAAGCAGAACAACAAGUCCACCGCAACCAUAGACGGCCCCCAGCCACUUACCCCCCAAGAGUUCCGGACCGCCCUCACCAGCAUCAACAGGUUUUCCUCCUCCUCCUCAGACAACAACAGGUCCUACUCCCACGCCGGCUUCUUUGUGUUUGAGGGAGACAUCCCCGAGGGCACCGUCUUGCCAGGAGAGUCUGCCUCGAAUAUUGGGAAUCGGGAGUAUGUUUGGGCUUUGCAGAAUGGAGAGCUGGAGCGGGCCAGGGCUAUGUUUGGUGGGGAGGAGUAA